GGGCUGGGCCAGCUCAGGUGUGUAUGUGUCCGUGAGUGUGUGUGUGUGUAUGUGUGUGUGCGUGUGUGUGUGUGUGUGUGUGUGAGUGCCAGUGGCUCCAGUCCCUGACCAAGCCCACCCCCUCCUCCUGGGCCCUAUAUUCCCACCAUGUGUAGCCCUCUCAUCUGCCCUGGAGCCUGUACAGCCACGCCACGCCGCCAUCCCCGAGAGCUCUAGAGAGCUGGUCACUAACUUUGCAGACGGAUGAGCUCCCAGCAGCCAGAGGAGACCGGGGCUGUCAACGCUGCCCCCUGUCCUGCGAGCUCAGACCCCCUCGCAGGGUCUUCCUAGGCUCCGGACUGGAACCCUGACCAUGGAACCUUGAAGUGGCUCUCACCUCCUCAGCUCAGUGGCAGACCCCACUCCCCCAGGCCCUUCCUGCCCCUCCCACAACCAGCUUGGAGGCUCCCGGAGGGAGGGGUGGGGAGGGGAUCCUGAUCUCACCGGGCAGGGGGCCUCCAUCAUGAUGCUCAACUCAGACGCGGUGGACCUCGACCUGCCUCCCACCCACUCCGAGACCGAGUCGGGCUUCAGCGACUGUGGGGGCGGGGCGGGCCCCGACGGGGCGGGGCCUGGGGGUCCCGGAGGAGGCCAGGCCCGGGGCCUGGAGCCCGGAGAGCCCGGCCGGAAAGACCUCCAGCACCUGAGCCGGGAGGAGCGGCGGCGGCGGCGCCGGGCCACGGCCAAGUACCGCACGGCCCACGCCACGCGGGAGCGAAUCCGCGUGGAAGCCUUCAACCUGGCCUUCGCCGAGCUGCGCAAGCUGCUGCCCACGCUGCCCCCCGACAAGAAGCUGUCCAAGAUCGAGAUCCUGCGUCUGGCCAUCUGCUACAUCUCCUACCUGAACCACGUGCUGGACGUCUGACGGGGCUGCCUCGGCCUGGCUGGGGUCCCCCCGCCCCCAGCUCCCCGCAGGGCCCCCGGGCCGGGGGGGAGGGGCAGGGAGGCAGGGUGCCCUCCGGCUGGGUGGCUGGGUGGCUGGGGCUGGCUGGCUGGCUGGCGUGGGCCACCUUCUCCUGCCGACCCCCCCACCCCCCACCCCAGGGCGAUUCUCGUGCGCCUCCCACGGCUUGUGGUUGGGGCCCAGCUGGUCAGAAACGUUCGCCUGGGUGUUCGGUACCCAGUCCUUGCUGGCUUUCCUAGGCGGCCGCCCUUGGCCGCUCCCCCCUAGCUCUCUCCUGGGCCGCUGCCUCUUCUUCGCACCGUCCGCUUGCCUGUCCCUCCCCCUUGUUUCUGCCCCGCUUCCUCCGCUCUUCCAGGGCCACUCUUACGACCACACUUCUGGAGACCCCAGACCCCGUCUCUGUCUCCCAUCCCCUUUCCAGCCUCGCCUGGCCUGGGGUGGGGAGGGGGCACCCAUACAGGAAGGGGGAAGGCUGGGCUCCGAGUGGGGUGGGCUUCUACCCCAGAGAUCUAACCCCGGGGACGCGGGGCCUCCGGAGAUACUCCUGCCAGGGGAAUCUUGGCGGCCGAGAAUGAUGGGAAAACUCUCUUGCCCCCGAGCUUAGCACAUGAAGACCUCGUAUCUGACUUGGUAGUGAGUGCCUUGCCCUCUCUGAGCUAUUUGGCCCCCUCCCUGCCCCCUCCCGCCCACCGUCCCAAUUUUCUCCCUCCCGGUGUGCAGCUGGAGAAAGGGAGACCCGGAUCCUGGAGGAGGGGCUGAACCCCCAGAAUCAGCAGAGGGCCCGGGGCGGUGGGUGAGCCAGAUCCACAUCUGCUUCCUCCACCCCAGCACUCUGGGAAAAUGUGAAAACCCACAGCGCUU